GACGCGAAUGCGAGGACACUUGGAAACUCGGUGGAAUUAAAAGUCCCUAGAAGUAGGGACUCUAGGGGUGCGUUCCACUUAACGCUCGCAACGACCGCGAACAUCAUUCUAUCUUUAUUCAAUGUUCAGUGAACAAUAAAGACAGAAUGAUGUUCGCGGUCGUUGGGAGUGUUAAGUGGAACGCACCCUAAGUGGAAUGUUGCACGCUCUCUUUGGGGAGACGCGUGCGGAUUGGUUUGGCCAUUGUAUCUCGCGUAUUAUUUGUCGGAGGGACGCACGUGACGGCUAACCGCUUCCCCAUAGGUCAUUAUUGUCUGUCGUAUCCGUUUGAAUUCAAGUUCAAACAAAGUAAGUGCUGUUAACCGCCGUUUUCGAGUCUCGACUUGACACGAAGAACGAAGCAGCGUCGCGCCUUGGCGUCUGCCGAGAUUCGAGUGAUACAGUUUGACCUUUUUUUCUGCUUACGAGGGAGCUUACCCCGAUUUGUAAAGUGAACAGACAUGUCACGCAAAUAUUAGAUAUUCAUUUGGUAAUAAGUAACACGGCUUACGCCUAAUUAGACGAUAUAUACAUAGCAAGCAUUGUAGAGGAUUGUUUGAGUUGUCGCAAUUGAAAGAGUGAUUGUUUCUUUGUGAACGUGUGAAGAUGGAAUCUCGCUUACCGAAGCCAAAAUUUGUAUUAAACAAGAUAAUUAGCACGACUGAUAUGAAUACCAAAAAAAAUAAUAAUCCAAAGAUGACUAGAAAUGUCAAUGACGCGGCAUCAUCGAGUUCUGCCGAUACAAAGACUACAAAUGAGAACAAACCACCGAACAGGCAAGCACAAAUCACUCGCGCAAAAACCUUUUCCACAAUCUCAACAACGUUGAAUAAUGCAAAAGCCGUGAAACGUACAGCUACCACUAUGUCGCAUGGUGAGACAAAAAAAGCAUUGGUAAAACCACCUAUGGCUAAACCAAUAGUAAGCAGAACAAAUAAUGCAUUGCUAAAUAACAAUAGAGCAAAUAAAGUCGUUCAGAAUAAUAAUGCAACGGAUAAUAAAUCAGGGAGACCAAAGAAAUGGGAUAUAACUGGCCAAUUGGCAUACAAAACUGGUCAAUUAUCCGUUGUGCAACAAAAGAACAAAGACAUUGAGUCCAAGUGUAGUUCUCUCCAAGGAUUGGUAGACACUUUGAAAGCCAGUGAAACUGAAUGCAGAACUAAAGCAGAAAAACUGGAAAAUUCCAACAAUGUAUUGACCAACGAACUUCAGACUUUAACAGCGGAAAUGUCCACGUUACGAAAGAGUGAGCAAGAUUUGGCAAAACGCUUGAAAGAUUUGGAAGAAUCGUACACGAGCCUCUCUCACACACUGAACAAGUAUCAAGUAAAGUGUACGGCACAAGAGACAUUGAAUGCAGAGCAAGCUAGACAACUGACUGUUUUGAGAACAGAUCUGGACUCGCAAAGGAAGAUGAAUCAGGAUUUGACUACCGUCAACGAGGAAUUACAAGUACUGAUGUAUAAAAUGGACAAGGAGCGCAGGAUAUUGCACAACAACAUACAGGAACUGAAGGGCAAUAUCAGAGUAUUCUGCCGGGUUCGUCCGAGAACUCUGAAGGAGACUGAACAGACGAAGGCGCUGUGCACCAUAAACUUCAUAGACGAUUGCACUAUCGAAGUGGGUAAACUGGAUAGCUUGGAUGCAGUAACAAGCUGCAAUAACAAGAAGCUACGAGGAGGGAAGCAAGAAUUCUCAUUCGACAAAGUAUUCUCUCCUAACGCGUCCCAAGAAGAUAUAUUUGAAGAAUUGUCUCUCUUGGUACAGUCGGCUCUCGAAGGAUACAACGUUUGCGUGUUCGCCUAUGGCCAGACUGGUUCUGGCAAGACGUACACUAUGGAAGGGGAAUAUAGUCUAGAAGCCGAAGGCAUGAUACCCAGAACGGUACGUCACAUAUUUAAAGAGAUGAAGCAGUUUGAGCUUCUUGGUUGGCAGUAUCGGAUAGAGGCAAGUUUCCUGGAAAUUUACAACGAGCACAUCGUCGAUCUUCUCGAUUCCCAGGCAAAAACGCACGAGAUUCGUAUGGUUGACUGUAAGGGUCAGGAUUUGUACGUCAGCAAUCUGCAAAUAGAAGAAAUACACAGUCCGGAAGAGUUGCAUCAGUGUCUUUGGACUGCACAGCGCAAUCGAGCUGUUAGCGCUACGGAAGUGAAUGAACGAUCAUCCAGGUCGCAUUCGGUGACACGCAUACGUCUGAUCGGUACGCACGCCACGAAGCAAGAGGUGUCGGUAGGAAACUUGAAUUUAGUCGACCUGGCUGGAUCGGAACGUCUAAAGAGCGAGGAGGCUGUGAGAAAUGCGGAAACGAAGAAUAUCAACAAGUCUCUGGCAAACCUCGGUAACGUCAUCUUGGCACUCUCGAAGAAGCAAGAACACGUUCCUUACAGAAAUUCUAAAUUGACUCACCUGCUCAUGCCUUCCCUGGGGGGUAAUUCGAAAACCUUGAUGUUACUGAACAUAUCUCCAUUAAAUGACUGUUACAACGAGACGUUGAACUCCCUAAGGUUCGCUAGUAGCGUCAAUAAUUGCCGAGUUGGAAGUGCUAAGAAGAGCCGAACGGUCUUGUCAAAUGCAAACAAUUAAAUAGUCAAAAAUAGUAAUUUGAAUUAUUAUCGAUAAGUAAUCUCACGUGUUUUCAUUGUAGGUUUAGAAUAGUUACAUUAAGCAUUGCUUAACAUUUUGUCUUACCAUUAUGAUUGAUGUAAAAUAAUUUUAAGGAAAAUAUAUUUUCAUGUCUAGUGACAAAGCCGCAAUACGCUGCCAUUCAUUUUAUUGUAACACUAAUAAAACGAGUCGCUCGACUUGACAAUGUAAAUUGCGCUUUGGCAAAACAUGGAGGGAUGAAAUGACUAAUAUAUAAAGGAAAAAUUACA